AUGAAUUUGUGUGUUCUAGUGAAAUUGAUUGUUAUUCAAACAUUCAUCGGGACGAGCUUAGAGAUCAUCGAGUCCAAUGUAAUUCAAGUAUGGUCAGCGCCAGGAGGUAUGACGCGGCUACCAUGCGACCUUGCUGCUCCAGCUCGGGAUGUUGCAAUGAUGUUGUGGUUCAAGGACGGCGACAGGAUGCCCAUAUAUACGUGA